UAAUCCUCACGCGCCGUGGCGCAUCAACACGGUGUCCGGAGGCAGAAUCGAUCCAUCGGCGCCUCCAGCAGCAUCUAAAGCCGCGCUCAAUCAUACGACGCGCAAAACGCGUUCAUUCACCUGAACGCCGCAUGCACCUAAUCCAGUUAAAGCCCACGAGAUGAACUAGUGUGCCCAUUUUUCGACUAUAAAAACCCGAGCCCGAUGCAUCAUAGCGCAUUUGCACGUAAACACUGUCAACUGAGAGAUAUUGAUGAAGCUUUGACGCCUGUAAACUGAAGUGUGUUGAUGAUGUGGGAAUGAUGCUGUAAAGGGACCUCCUGCGUCUCCUCCCCUCCCUCCUGCUCUCCUACUCCUCAUUUCCACUCCUCAUUUCGCGUUCACCCACGAGAAGAGCUCCGACCGUCCAGCAUCAUGUCCUCAGACGUCCAGCUGCGUGACCAAACGGACCCGGACAGCAGCGACCCCGCGGGCGUCAGGAGCGACUGAGAGCAGGUGUCAGAAGUCAUACGUCCUGCCCAUAGUGAACUGACCAGCUGUACCUGAUCGUGGAUGCCAUGGAUACAAUAAACUUCACCUUCUGGAAUGCCUCUGAGGGCAACGAGACCCUGGAGACGGUGGACGAGAGCCCGUAUAAGACAGUGGAGGUGGUGUUCAUUGUACUGGUGGCCGGCUCACUUAGUCUGGUGACCGUUAUCGGGAACAUCUUGGUCAUGCUCUCCAUCAAAGUAAACAGGAGCCUGCAGACUGUCAACAACUACUUCCUGUUCAGCCUGGCUUGUGCUGACCUCAUCAUUGGCCUUUGCUCUAUGAACUUGUACACAGUCUACAUUGUGAUUGGAUAUUGGCCGCUAGGCCCAGUUGUGUGCGACUUGUGGUUGGCGCUGGACUACGUGGUCAGCAACGCUUCCGUCAUGAACCUGCUGAUCAUCAGCUUCGAUCGCUACUUUUGCGUCACCAAGCCCCUCAGCUACCCAGUGAAGAGGACAACCAAAAUGGCAGGGAUGAUGAUUGCGGCAGCAUGGGUUUUGUCCUUCAUCCUUUGGGCUCCAGCCAUCCUUUUCUGGCAGUUUAUCGUUGGCGGACGCACGGUGCCAGAGAAGGAGUGCUACAUUCAGUUCUUCUCCAACGCCGCGGUCACUUUCGGCACAGCCAUAGCUGCUUUCUACCUGCCCGUCAUCAUCAUGAUGGUGCUGUACUGGCAGAUAUCCCGUGCCAGCAAGAGCCGCGUCAAGAAGGACAACCGGAAGCCGUCGGGCGGCAACCUCGAUGUAGCCUCGUCCAAUCAGAUCCGUGAAAACACAGCCAGCAAACCCACCAACAACAACCUAACAGCUGAAGAAACAGAUCGAGGACAGACCCAGCUGACAGACGAUGCCGCCAACCAACACGACGCCAAACUCCAGAAUGGCAAAGCGCCGUCUACAGCGAGCGGAGAAGCGGAGGCGGAAGAUGGAGGACGAGGAAACUGCCUUCCCCCAGAGGAGAAAGAAAGUUCCAAUGACUCCACCUCUGGCAGCGGCGCCGUAACCAAUCAAAAGGAUGAGGCGGCACCAUCCAACGCCAAUGACAACCAGGCUCCCACGCGGCACUGUGCCAAAGCUGGAGGCUCCAAACUGACGUGCAUCAAGAUCAUCACCAAAUCGCCAAAGGGCGACUGCUACGCACCUUCGAACGCGACGGUGGAGAUCGUCCCGGCGACCGAGAGGCAGAACCACGUGGCGAGGAAGAUCGUGAAGAUGACCAAGCAGCCGCCCAAGAAGAAAAAAGCCCCAGCCUCUCGGGAAAAGAAGGUGACGCGCACCAUCAUGGCCAUCCUGGUGGCGUUCGUGGCUACUUGGACGCCCUACAACGUGAUGGUCCUCAUCAACACCUUCUGCUCCAGCUGCAUUCCCAACACCGUGUGGACCAUCGGAUACUGGCUCUGCUACAUCAACAGCACGAUCAACCCCGCUUGCUACGCCCUCUGCAACAUCACCUUCAAAAAGACCUUCAAACAGCUGCUGCUCUGCCAGUACAAGAACAUACGCUCAACCCGAUGAGCAGCGACAUAUAGUGUGUGUGCAUGCGUUAUAUUUUACAUGAGUGUUCUGGUGACGAAGGUAUUCGUGUGAAUGUGUUUGUAUGUGUGGAAAGACAGUAAAACCAGAUCCAUCAUACACAAAGUUUUAAGAAUCCACCGUCAGCUACAAGUACUCCAUUAUAACACAUUUUACCAUGUUUAAAUCACAGAUUACUCUUGAAAUAAGUGUUAAAAAGGUGCGUCUGGGCAGUGUGAUUGCAUUUGUCGUUUUUUUUAUAUAUAUAUAGGUAAUCUGUUGUAGCACUUUACACACACAUAGAGGUGAUGCAUGUCACAAAAGAUGGAAAAGAAGUGCUAAAAUAUUUGAUUUAUAAACAAAAAUGUUUAAAAAAAAAAACACUAUAGGAGCAUAUAUAGAUGGUCAGAUUGGAGUCUGUACUAUUCAAUAAUACACAAAUAAGGGGACAACAGGGCUGACUGAAGAUCCAAACCAAACGCGUUUGAGCUUCAGUAUAAAAUCACACCUGUAUAUACGUGUAUAUAAUCAUGUACUGUAUCUUAGUUGUGUGUGUGCUUGCAUGCUGAAUGACAGUGUGUACGUAAGUUUGUAGCUAAAGUCAACCUGAAACCUGUUUACUUCUGUAACCAGAUUGAAAUUCAUUCAUUUUAUUUAGAUUGCAAAGGCAAUUUUAAUACUGUGCACCAAUGAAUCAUUUAAAAUAAGACCAGAAACAUGCAUUAAGGAAGUAAACAGCUUUAUAUUGACUUUAAAGCUUUAUUAAAUGCAAGCGUCUACGAUGACAGUACGACAGGUAGCUGGUUGCAGGGUUUGUGUGCGUUUGUCGUAUGUGUGUGUGUGUGUGCUCUCCGAGAGCAAUAAGAGGGUUGAAGAGGCUCUCCGGUGUGCCCGUAUGUUAAAGUGGAUGAGUUUUGAGUGCUCGGGGUCUCCAGGGAUGCAAAUCUAAACCUUUUAAAGUGAACAGACGCGCAGGAUGAAGAGGCUCUCACAGGCACGCAGCCAUUAGCAUCCACCUCACCUCUGCUUUGCAUUUACACAAAACAGUUCACUCACGCUUGGGCGAAAAUAGGAAAAUACCAGCUAUGUGAGCACUAAUUCAGCAGAUACUCCAAAACCGGCUUGUGAAACUGAAAAAAUCCUUAUUAAAACGCUUGCUCUCCGCCUCAUUGUAAAUGACAUUCGGCAUCACCUGACACAUGCACAUCCUGGUGACCUGAUCUGCUCUCUGGGUUCAUGAUCUGCCUGCAGGCGACGUGUUUGAAAGCGCACGUGUGUGUUUGUGCGAAUGUGUGUUUGAUCACCCCGGUAAGGGGUUUAAUAUAACUCACAGGUUCUUGCCUUGUGAAUUUAAAGGGCUAAAGUACAUAAGCUUCCUCAUCUCAUUACGAGACGCUAAGUCGACAUCAGUUGUUUUUUGAUUCAUUAAAACAGAUUAACAGAAUCCCUGCUCAGAGCAGAGGAUCUUGGGAAAUGUCAGUCAAUCGAUGACAGAGCAGCAGCUCAUAAAUUUGACAGUGAUGCAUGCUGGGGGAAUAGAGCUGGUGUGCAAUAGAUGAGCUCGAUCGCACUGAUUUUGCACCAGAAACUGUAGCGGCGAUGGCAAUUAAUGUAACUAAUGAAGUUUCACUCAAAAUGCCACAGUUACUGUUGUAAAAUCAUAGUAAAGUAACCUGAAUUUCAUUCAAACUGUGCUAGAAGAUCUCAUCUGGCAGUUUUUGGAAAACUCUGGUUACCAUGGUAAAUUUUUGCAAGAGGUCGCAGAUUUAUACUGCAAUAUACGUGAAUAUUAAUCAUCCGAUUCACACAUAGACAUAUUUAUUCUCAUCCCAUCUGUUGUGUCCAUAUCUCAUAACAUAUUUAAAGUAUGACAAUAAUCUGUUGUACAUGUUUAUCUUUAGCGCAGUUUCUCAUUCUAGCUGUUACUUCACAUAUAGACAUACAGCAUCAGGCAUAAUGAUGUUUUGUUGUCCUUCUGCAGAUUAUUGUAGAAGGACAUACAUCAUCUGUUUUUGUCUUGGCUACUGUAGUUUAUGUCCUGGCACUGACAAGGUUGUAAAAUACAGAAGAAUUUUACUUCAAGUAAACAAUUUACUCAACUUCAACUAUUCAGCCUAAAAAGAGGCAGUCACAUUUGAUAAUUUUAUAGUUGUUUGACACUUGAACACAGUCAUUUACAGACUGUUUGUCAGACACGUUCACACUUAGUAAACAUUUAGCUUGAGAAGAUUAUGUUGUGCUGACUGAUGAGAUGUCUCUUCGUUUUGCAAGGAAAUGGAUUUUAAAUGGCUUUAAAGUCACCAUGAAAUCAAAAACUGACAAUACUUUUUUAUGGAAUAUUCCAACAGGGUUAACAUCAUUAACUAAAAUUAAAACCAUAAAAAAAGUGUUUAGUUUCUUGAAACAAAAUAAACAUUAACUGCCGUAGCAGCAUUUCUCAUUGCCACUUAGUUUAACUUUAGCCAUAUUAACUAUUAAAUUUAAAAUAAUACUAACUACAAACAUAUAAAAAAAAAACUGACAAAAAUUAUAAAAGCACAACAAAAUUACUAAAACGUUAACUAAAAUUAAAGAAAAAUUAUAUAUUGAUUUAUCAUUCAGUUUUUCAAUUCAUGUGCCUAGGUAAUCUUUCAUAUAUAUAUUUAUUUAUCAAGUCCCGUCCUGUCUGUUUUUCUCAUUCAAGAAGCCGUUUGACUCGGAUAUGUCAAAAGACACAGUAACUUCAGUUUUGUGCAGACAUUAAACAAAAAUUAAUUAUCCAAUGAACAUAUGAAGAGUUUAUUUGCAAAAACAGAUAAUUCUGUUUUGUUUUUGUUUUUUUUCCAUUUUCAAGAAUCAUGUUUUCUUUCAACCUGUAAGGUUUGGAUUUAUUUGUAGUCACUACAAUUCAUUUUUAUUUACAAGCUGUAGAAGUCUGCACUAUAUCCAGAUAUUAACAGAGCUGGAUAAAUGUGUGUGUGUGUGUGCUAAACAAAUCCCAGCAGGGCACCAGCAGCGUCACUGACCCCUGGGAUGGCAGUGGCUUUUUACAGUUGCUGUCCGUGCGUUUAUGUUCCCUGUGGAGCUUUUAGACUGGCUGUGCUUCUGCAAAGAUCAUCUUAUCUGGCGUCACACACUCUCAGUCUUAUCCCUCGCUGGAGGACGACUGAGUGUGUCACACCAGCGCCACCCCAUUUAAGGCCGGGGUCGCAGGACGGGAUGCUCCAAACGCUCACUGACACCUGUGCUAUCUGUCCCGCUCAUAACUAUUAACACACGGCUCUGCUGCGCAUCUCUCACGACCUCUGACCUCCAGCACACACACACACACUACUCGUCAUGGUGUAAAGUACUAGAGUAACUGUACUGCACUACUAUACUUAGCACAUGUUAUUUUGGGAAUUUGUACUUGUACACUCAAGUCAAUUACAUGUUUUAAAGCAAAUUCAUACCUUUUUUUACCAUUUUGGUUGGACAUUCAAAAUACAAAGUAUAUAUGAAAAAUUUACUUGCAAAAACUUUUUUUUUUUUUUUACUUUUAAAAAUAAUGUUAUUUCAUUGUGCAUUCCAGUUAAUCUCAAUCAAACUGCUGUUGGGUUAUUCUGAUAUAAAGUAAAAUGACUAAAAAAAUACAGCUAACUACAUGAUAACAUAAUAAAAAACUGUUUUAUCUCCAAAUAACACCUCUGAGUAAAACGGCUUCUUGAAUUAAAAAAAUAUAUAUAUAUUUGAUUACAUUUAUUUAUUUAUUAUUUUAAAUGGAUAUGUACAAAUAUAUGCAUUUGGGAGUUAUCUUAUUUAGUAUAAUAAUUUUUAAAAUGUUUUUACAAGUGACAUACCAUAGACUAUCAUUUUUAUGAAGGUUAAUCAUAGUGAUCACACACCAGUUCAAACCUAAACUACACCAGUCAAAGAAAACUCCUUUUUAAAAUAAUAAGAGUAAUAUUUGUCAGAUUUUGGUGAAUUAUGGUGAUACACUGACACACAGAGUCCACUAAACACAUAAACAAGUGAUUGUUAUAAAAACAUGCUCACAUUUUGCAAUCUAUAAUCUGACUGUAAAUCUAAGAUGUAAGAUUCAUCUUAUUUGGAUUUAAGAGUAUAAUAAAAGCUGUUAUUUAGAAAUGUUUCAGGUGUCUAAAUACAUUUGGCCAUAUAGGCCAUGUAAGUGCACUAGUAAGCUAGCUAGACAGGGUGCUAAAACUUCAUCCAACAGCUAUUUGUAGGUUAUAUUGAAAAAUAUACUUACUUACUUUUUAGCUUUGGAUGGCUAUAAUCCAUUUUAUCCACUUAACUCAUUUAAGUACUUUUCCUGCUAAGCAAGGAAGUUCUACCUGGUUUACUAAUUGUCCUUCCUCUAAUUAUAGAGUGAGCCAAUCACAGUUUAGAUUUUUGGAGUGACACCAGGAGUGACCAAUCAAACUUUCAGGUCAGCUACCGCUCUCUGAAUGCACCUAAUCUAUAUAUAUAUUCCAGUCAUAUAUGUGUAGGUUCAGGUCCAUAUUCAUCCAGUCAUCAUCAUCAUCAUCAUCAUCAUCAUCCUUAUGACAGCACAAUUAAUACUAAAGGGCUUAAAUGUAUUUUGUAAUCUGUUUAGGUUUAUGAAAUAUAAUGAAAUCUCUAUUCUAGUAUUCUGUGUGGGUGUUCUCAGUUUAUUUAUAAAAACACGUAUUUUAAACAUUUUUGUUAAAAAUGUUUUUUCAAGUGUUUGUGUGCAUGUUACUGUUUGUUGUUAGUUUUGUGAAAGACAAAGCACAAGUGUGUGUGUGUGUGUGUGUACGCGCAUGCCGGAACUGCAGGCUCGUGACCCAAAGGUCAGUGCAGAAAUGUAAAGUGGUAGGGUUGGAAUCGAUUCCCAGCCCUAACCAACGAGUGGUUUGCGUUUUAGAACGUGCGGCCCUGGAGCACCUCAAGCCUCGCAUGUGUGUUUCUAAUAUUGUAUGUAACUAUAUUAUAUGUGAGGAUUAUGAAUGCAGUCUGUGUGUGUGUGUGCGUGUGUGUGUGUGUGAGAGAGAGAGAGAGAAACUCAAAUCUAGCGCGUGAUUAAUGUCGGUCACGCACGCGCACGCGCGCCGUUCCACAGCAGAACGGCUGCCAAAGACACACGAUUACCGAUGACCUAUAGAGAAAAACCGACAACACAUACAGAAACGCUGAACUUGAUCAACUCACAGACGCUUUUCUAUAACGUUUUUUAAUCCGUAUGUAAACUGAUUCUAUAUAAGAGACUGGUGGAUUGAGCGCAGAAGAAUCAAGCCAUACACGGACAUCAACAGACAGAGACUCCAGACAGAAGAGCGCAGGACUUUAUGGAAGUUGUUGGUGGCCAUAGCAACUGAAGCCGACGUCUGCACACUCGCUAACUUCAAAGUUGUUGUUUUUUCCUUUUUUGGUUUAUUAAUGGCGAGUUUGAAAGGAAGAGAUCUAACAACUGUGAGACCGCGAGCACACUUCACACAAGCACACAAACCGCGAUUCCUCUGCCAACAAUGAGUCUCACUGAACAACAAACCUCAGUCCUCAAGGGGGCGAUAGGGUUUCCUUCAAACGUCUGUGUAAUUUGGCUUUUCAUUUAUAUCAGUUAUUGCUUUCCCUGGGAAUCGAACCUAUGACCUUGUGGUUUGAGCUACAGGAAAGUACAUUAAUCAAAAAUACUGGUGUGUUGUUAUUAUUCAGGUAGCUGUUAUGAACAUGUUGAGCAUUUAAUUUAGUGCGAUUCUCUUCAAAGUGCUCUUUCACCAUGACAGUAGUUGAUCUGAAAGAAAAUGUUGACACAUUUCACAAAGCAAACACACACAGUCAGAUCUGCAAACCACAGACGUUUGGACCCAGCUAACAGGGAAUGUUCCAGUGAUGCUAAUAGAAGAACGUUUAUUCAAAGUUAUCUGAUCUUUAAUAAUGUGUUUCAAACAUUAGCACAAGAACAUUAUUUAUGAAUCAUUCAAGGAGCUUUUUUCUGAAACGUUUCAGUUGGAAUGUUCAUUUCAUUUUUUUAAAAAUGUGACUAGUUUUAGAACAUUCAGACGUAACAGUUCGCAAACCGAUCAAAUGGAAUGUUCCGUUAACAUUAAUGAAACCAAGUUGAAACAUUUAAAAAACUGGAUGUUUUGAAUGGCCAGAGAACAUUCAGAAGUAAAGUUUGUUUUCAUAUCGCAAUGGUAAUGUUAGCAAAACGUUAAAACAUCAUUAUGAUUUUUACAAAGUCUCUUCUGCUCACCAAAGCUGCAUUAUUUGAUCAAAAAUACAUUGAAAACGGUAAUAUUGUGAAAUAUUAUUACAAUUUAAAUAGACUGUUUUUUAUUUUACUUAAGCACCAUUACUCCAGUCUUCAGUGUUUUAAAAACAGCAAUUCUAUUUCAACUAAAAGUUCUUUUGAACGUUCUAUUCAUCAAAGUUUCCACAAAAAAUACUUGGCGGCACAACUGUUAGCAGCAAAUCGGCAUAUUAGAAUGAUUUCUGAAGGAUCGUGUGACACUGAAGACUGGAGUAAUGAUGCUGCUUUGAUCACAGCAAUCAAUUACAUUUUACAGUAAAUUCACAGUCACUGUUUUUCAUCAAAAAUGCAAAAGGGCCUUCUUUCAAAUAUGUGCUUGUGUCAAGUAUGUUUGUGAUCUAAA